AGCACAGUCAGUAAUCAAGUUGAGUGGGGAAAAUCAUGUCGGCGACCUACGUUAAACACAAUGAUGGAACACAAAUCCAAUCCAUUGGCUUGGGCACUUAUACGUCAUUGGGCGGCGAUUGCGAGCGUGCCACUUUACAUGCAAUUGAUGUGGGCUACCGGCAUAUAGACACCGCCUAUUUCUAUGAGAAUGAGGGUGAGGUGGGCGCUGCUGUCAACCAAAAGAUCAAGGAGGGUGUCAUCAAGCGUGAGGAUAUAUUCAUUACAACCAAGUUGUGGUGCCAUUUUCAUGAGCCAGAGAGAGUGGAAUAUGCCUGUCGUAAAACAUUGGCCAAUUUCGGUUUGGAAUAUGUCGAUUUGUAUCUAAUGCACUGGCCAUAUUCCUAUGUCUAUCGCGGUGACAACGAAUUGAUGCCAACCGAUGCCAAUGGUGAGGUUGAGCUUAAUGAUAUUGAUUACCUAGACACCUGGCGUGCCAUGGAGAAGUUAGUAGAAUUGGGUUUGACCAAAAGCAUUGGCGUCUCCAAUUUCAAUUCCGAGCAAUUGGCACGUCUGUUGGCCAAUUGUAAAAUCAAGCCAAUUCACAAUCAAAUCGAAUGUCAUCCUGCUCUCAAUCAAAAGAAACUAAUUGCCUUGUGCAAGCAACACGACAUUGUGGUCACUGCCUAUUGUCCUUUGGGUAGACCAGAUCCUGUCAAGAAGACGCCCGAUUACAUUUAUGAUGCCAAGGUCCAAGCUAUUGCCGAUAAAUAUAAGAAAUCAACGGCCCAAGUUGUUUUGCGUUAUUUGAUUGAGAUUGGUACUGUGCCACUGCCCAAGUCCUCCAAUCCCAAACGCAUUGAAGAGAACUUUAAGAUUUUUGAUUUCAAAUUGGAUGCCUCGGAUCAUGCAGUUUUGGAAACCUUUAAUACAGGAGAACGUCUGAUUCCCAUGGAUCAUGCUGUUAAGAGCAAGAAUUAUCCCUUCCAUAUUGAGUUUUAAUUCAAUUUUUGUUGUUGUUUUUUCUACAGAUAUUCUGAUAUUAUACAAAAAUAUUAUAUAUUACUAACAAGUGUUACAGACUAA